UGUCCCAUAGCGUCUCUUCCGAUUUCCGUUACUUCUCAGCCAUUUUGGUUUGGACUUUAUGUUCGAAGGCUGUAGUGUAUGAAUUGUUUAAUUUUGAGUGCUAAAUUCUCUCAGUUUCAGCGGCGUUGAGCAAUCACAAUGUCGCGUUAUAGGGAUUCGGGAAAUUCUGACUGCAAACUUUAUGUUGGUGACUUAGGUUCAGCAGCUUCAAAACAGGAACUUGAAGAAUCAUUCUCCUACUAUGGGCCUCUGCGCAAUGUGUGGGUGGCUAGAAACCCACCGGGAUUUGCGUUCGUUGAAUACGAAGAUCCACGUGAUGCUGAAGAUGCUGUAAGGGGCCUGGAUGGAAGAACCAUAUGUGGGCGCCGAGUUCGAGUAGAGAUGUCAAAUGGCAUGGGAGGAAAAGGAGGUGGCCGUUUUCGUGGACCACCACCACGGCGAGGAAGACCUUUUCAUCCUGAGGAUCGAUGCUAUGAAUGUGGUGAACGUGGGCAUUAUGCUCGAGAUUGCUAUCGUUACAGGGGUAGUCGUGGAGGUGGCAGGCGCAGGUCAUACUCAAGAUCACGCUCAAGGUCUCGCUCCCGCUCCAGGGACCGUCGCACCAGGUCACGCAGUGGUUCGCGCAGCCGCUCUCGUUCUCGAUCUCCCAGGGAUCGAUCUCCAAAAGACAGGUCUUCUAGAGAUCAUGAUCGGUCACCAAAGGACAGGUCAAGAUCCAGAGACAAAAGUCCCAAGGACAGGUCUCGCUCCAGGGACCAUGGACGCUCCCGUUCACCCCCAAACCACUCUAAAAGUCGUUCCCGUUCCAGAUCUCGCUCAAGGAGCAGGGGUCGGGAUUCGACGGACAGGAAUGGGAACACCCAGAACGAUGCUCGCAACUAGCGAAACAGUCACUCCUUUAUUUUGUGAGUGCUUGCUUUCCUGUCUCUGUCAGUCCCCUUUGAUGUUCAGGUGUUACGCUGUAUGGUGUGUUUAUUAUGAAAUUCUGAACUGUUACGUAAGGACAAGAUGAGAUCCAUGUUUCACAUGCCUCUGCUUAUUGCUUUUCAUAUGACCAACAGAUGUGUAGUCAUUCUGAAAGUUCAUGUAGAAGGCUGUUCUAAAUGCUGUUCGUAGUAUAAAAUAAUAGUUUUUCUGUUUUUCAUUCCCAAAGCACAUUGAUGUAAGAUACACUAAGUGGUGUAAUAAUCCUAGUAAUUUUUCUUUUGUGCUUGUGUAAUCGUAUUCAGGAUAUUUGCAGAAGGAGUUUACAGUGGCUUUGAAAUUCUUUGUAGUGUAAUGAUGCUGACAGUGGUAAACAAGCUGUUUCCAUGUCUUGUUCACGAAUAAAGUGAUGUGAAAUUGUG